AUGCAGAGGGUGACCAAGACCAUUGCGCUUAUGGAAAAGGUUGUUAUGCUUGAUGAUCCUCAGUGUGAGCUAUUAUUACUUAGGGCAUGUACCGGAGUUUCUAAACUCUACUUUGCAUUACGCACUUGUCCUCCUAGUACUUUUGAGACGGCUCAGCGCACAUUCGACGGGGCUCUUCGAUCUUCUUUGGAGCGUAUUGUUACUGCUUCGGGGCUUAGGUUUGGUGAUUGGCAAUGGCGCCUUGCCACCUUACCAUUUGCGUUUGGAGGGCUUGGGUGUACUCCGCAGACGGGGCUAUCUGACUUUGUUCUUGGACAGGUUGUGGUUGAUGCGGCUCAUCGGAAACGGGUGAAGUAUGAAGCUAGUUGUCGGCUGAUUGGAUAUGGGUACAUUUUAUGUCUGAAUGGAGGAGCAGUGAGCUGGAAGAGUUCGAAACAAAGCACUGUCGCAUACUCUACGACAAAAUCUGAGUAUUUGGCUACGGUGGAAGCAACAAAGGAAGCAGUUUGGAUUAAGAAAUUCCUCACUAAACUAGACAUUGUAAUUAGUGCUCAAGAAGGAAUUGAGUUGUUUUGUGACAACAAUGGUGCCAUUGCUCAAUCAAAGGAGCCAAGGUCACAUUGCAAGUCCAAACAUGUAGAGAGAAAGUAUCAUAUUUGA